UGAUGCAGGAAGAAUAUGGAUCGAUGCCGAGAAUCAAGGCACCACCUGCACGACUAAAUCCACCACUGUUCAUGUGUUACUCCUUCGACGGUGAACCCCAGGUCUUCAACGGACACAGUCACUCCGUGGUGAGAGACCCUCGCGAGUGUCCUCGGGUUUAAGGAUCUCAGGUUCCUUCUCCCUCAACUCGGACCAGGCCCCCUGUUGUUCAUCCCUCCCCCGGCUGCGAUGGCCCCCUCCCUGGCCACGGCCUUCUCGCGCCGCUGGUGGAUGGCGGUGACGGCGGUAGUGGAGAACCUGCUGUUCUCGGCAGUCCUGCUAGGCUGGGGCUCCCUGCUCAUCAUGCUUAAGUCGGAGGGCUUCUACUCCUACCUGUGCCGGGGACCCGGCAACGACUCCAGCUACAACCACUCUCAGGACCAAUCAGAGGUGGAGGAGGAGUUCCUGGCAAUGAAGGGCUGGCCCAUCUGCAAGCAGCAGGACGAGAUGCUGAACCUGGCCUUCACAGUGGGCUCCUUCCUGCUUUCCGCCAUCACCCUGCCUCUGGGCAUCGUCAUGGACAAAUAUGGGCCCAGGAAGCUAAGGCUGCUUGGCAGUGCCUGCUUUGCCUUCUCCUGCCUCCUCAUCGCCUAUGGAGCCAGUGACCCGACCAAUCUCUCCAUCCUCAUCUUCUUCGCCCUGGCAAUGAACGGUUUCGGGGGCAUGUGCAUGACCUUCACGUCGUUGACCCUGCCCAGCAUGUUUGGAGACCUGCGUUCCACCUUCAUCGCCCUGAUGAUUGGCUCCUACGCCUCCUCCGCCGUCACCUUCCCCGGCAUCAAGGUGAUCUACGACCUGGGGGCCACCUUCAUCACCAUCCUGCUGGUGUGGGCGUGCUGCGCCGGGCUGGUCUUCCUCAACUGCCUCCUGAACUGGCCCCUGGAGCCCUUCCCCGGCCCCGAGGACAUGGACUACACGGUGAAGAUCAAGUUCAGCUGGCUGGGCUUUGACCACAAGAUCACGGGCAAGCAGUUCUACCGUCAGGUGACCACGGUGGGCCGGCGCCUGAGUGUGGGCAACUCCAUGAAGCAGCACCACCACAGUGGUCAGCAGCCCCGGGACCUGGGCUCGCAGGAGGCCAGCAAACUCUGCCUCUCCACUGUCGACCUGGAGGUCAAGGGCCAGGCUAAGGAGGAGACUCAGUCCUUCAUGAAGAGUGUGUUGAGCCCAAUCUUCAUGCUCAGCCUCAUCACCAUGUGUGUGACGCAGCUCCGUCUCAUCUUCUACAUGGGAGCGAUGAACACCAUCCUAGAGUCCCUCACCGAAGGAGACCUCAGCACAGUGAGUGUGUACACGUCUAUCUUCGGCGUGCUCCAGCUCCUGUGUCUCAUCACCUCCCCUGUCAUCGGCUACAUGAUGGACUGGAGGCUUAAAGACUGUGAGGAUGAGAGCGAUGCCAAGGCAAAGAGAGAGCCUGGGCAGGACCGGCGUCCUGACAAGCAGAUUCAGAAGAUCACCAACGCGACGCGAGCGUUCAUCUUCACCAACCUGCUGCUGGUGGCCUUCGGCUUCACCUGUAUCGUCCCAAAUCUGCCCCUACAGAUUUUGUCUUUUAUUUUGCACACCGUCGUUAGAGGUUUCAUACACUCUGCAGUCGGGGGCCUCUAUGCAGCUGUCUACCCGUCUUCCCAGUUUGGCAGUCUGACGGGCAUGCAGUCUCUGAUCAGUGCUCUGUUCGCCCUGCUGCAGCAGCCUCUGUUCAUGGCCAUGGUGGGCCCCCUGGAGGGAGACCCCCUCUGGGUCAAUGUGGGGUUGCUGGGCCUGAGCCUGCUGGGGUUCUGCCUGCCCCUCUACCUGCUGUGCCACAGCCGCCACCUGACACGGCUCAGGGAGGAGCACGACGACGACCCCAAGGUCUACGCCCACAUCAGCAACGGCGAUGGCGGCGAUAACGAUGGCAUUAAGCCUGAGGUCUUUGUCUAGUAAUCUCUCGCCCUCUAAGGUCGGAGAGAAGCCCUGUGGAGCUCGACAGGGCGUUUCCAGGAUAAAAAAAAUGAAUUGAAGCAGUUCUGCUGAAUGGAUGAGAGCAGAAGAGAGGGGAUGGGAGAGAGUACUACUCUCCAUUUUGUGUUCGUAUGCUCGUUCCUCUCAGCCUCUUUUUCCUUGUAUUGUCUGUGUAUUCAGCCCCACUAGUCUCUUCCGAGUCCCUAAAACACACACACACAACACUCACUUGCACCUCACGUGUACACAAAAACAUACACACACACAGGUCAGUAACACCACUCUACAGUGACACGAGAAGUUUGGCCCUCUGCUGUCUGCACUGACUUGACACACACACACACAUACACGCACACAAAGACGGACACACAUUAAAGGCACAAACGCACAUCCGUCGAAGAAAACAGCAGGAUGUUUUAGACAUGGAGAGAUGUACCUGCCUAAAGUUGCCAGCACAUGCAAUGGGGGUAAUGUAUCUACCACUCACCAAACUUGGGCAUUUGUUUUGAAGAAGAGAGAAUAUAUAAUAAGAUAAACUGCUCACCAAAACAUCCCAUCCCCUCUCCCCCAGUGAGGUCCAUCGAUAACCACUGUUGAACAGCAGAUAUAAGGAUAGUAAGGAUAUAAUUACAAUGGUGUCGGCCAGGGCCGCUGCUGGCCGUUUCGGUGCCCUACGCGAGCGGGGGGGGGGGGGGAAGCCCCUUUUUAUAUUUUAGGUAAAAA